CAGAAACGCAACCGACUUAAACCGUCCCGGAUCUUGUUGGGCUACAACGCAGGGGCCAGAUAAGACUCACCCGUCCUUUGUCUGUAUGAAUCAUCAGGUGACAGUCGUAGACGUCAACCAUGCCAAUCAUCACAGUGUCUCCCAGCGCUGAUCCGACAAACGAGCACAAAAUCUUAGAGGUCAACGGAAGGCCAUUUCCUUAUGUGUUCGAUGAGGACCUUGUCUCGAAUAUUCCCAAUUUGAAACUCCGUGAUGACGACGUCUUGCUCUGUGGUUACAUGAGAUCGGGAACACAUUGGAACUUUGAGAUCAUCAGCAUGCUUUUGAAUGGUAUUGUGGAGACGAUUCCACACAGGAAGGAAUCUCUCCACCUGGAACAGGCAUCGCAGGACAAACUGGACCAUUUCCCAUCACCAAGAGUCCUCAGUUCACACCUUCUAUUUGAAAACCUACCAAGGGAGAUACUAGACAGGAAGACGAAAAUUGUGUACCUCAUACGGGACCCGAGAGACGCCUUGUCAUCCUGGUAUACAUGCAUUAAGAAGAUUAAUCUUUCUUAUAACGAGCAGUGGAAUAUCACGUUACCGGAUUGGUUAGAACUGAGUACCAGUGGUAAAUUGGAGUGGGGGAGCUGGUUUGAGAAUAUCGCGAGCUGGGAGAGGGCUCUACAGGAACACACAGAUCAUCCCAUACUCCUUGUGUUUUAUGAAGAGCUCCUGCGGGAACCUCUCAAGGAAAUCACGCGAAUAAAGGAUUUUCUUGGCGUACCUCGAGAUGAACAUUUUUGUAAAAGAGUGGUUGAGAAAACAAAGUUCGAGAAAAUGAAAAACGACAAGGAAAAGUAUACAGAGAAAUUUGCAGGGAAUGCGGUCCAUUACCAUAAAGCUGUUAUCGGGAACUGGAGGACGAUGUUCACUGUUGCCCUGAGUGAGUGGUUUGACGACCUGUAUGAGGAACAGAUGGCUGAGUCGGUCUUCAGGAAGAGGUACUCUCACAGUGAGAUGUCGUGAGAACAUGUGAAAUACACAUCCCACCAAUGGCAUAUGUGUAGGAGAAACCAUGUCUCCGAGGGUUUACAGUCUCUAGUAAUCUCUAGGAGACAUGUUUUUUCAAACUUAUAAACCGACUCAUCGCAUAGACCAACUCUCAAAUGUAUAACCUGUAUCGGAGAUUAAAAAUAUCGCCUGCA